AGAAGAAUUUGUGUUUAAGGGCUUAAAAAGCAAAACCCAAAUCGAAUAAUAAUAUUAUUAACAGUUGCAACAGAGGCAGGCAGAGGGAGCGAGGUUGGUUUGAAACAAUGAAACCGCCUCUGUCUUCGUCUUCAUCUUCUUCCUCUGUUCUCAGAAAGCCUCGCCACCUCUCUCCCUACCUCUUCUCCUUACUAGCUUUCAUUGUCUUCGUCGCCAUCCUCUACGGCGAGGACUUCGUCUGCAUCUUCAACCAGCAGCUCCAACUCGGUCCCGACUCAACCCGAUCCUUCUCCGGAACCCCGGGUUUAGUUUUCGGGGUAGAGAAGAAGAGAGAGAAGGUUCUUCCCUUCGCCAUCGGUAAAACUGACCCAGGUUGCGACAUUUUUAGCGGGCGUUGGGUUUAUGAUGAGUCUCGACCGCUUUACGAAGAAUCGGAAUGUCCUUAUAUACAACCUCAGUUGACCUGCCUUGAACACGGUCGACCGGAGACGAAUUAUCAGCACUGGAGAUGGCAACCUGACGGCUGUGAUCUACCCAGGUUCAAUGCCACGCUGAUGCUUGAGACCCUGCGAGGGAAGCGGAUGAUGUUUGUAGGAGAUUCUCUGAACAGGGGUCAAUACGUCUCCAUGAUUUGUCUUCUUCACAAACUCAUUCCUGAAGAUGCCAAAUCCAUGGAAACCUUCGACUCAUUGACAGUUUUCACUGCCAAGGAAUAUAAUGCCACAAUUGAGUUCUACUGGGCACCAUUUAUUCUUGAAUCAAAUUCAGACAAUGCUGUCAUCCAUAGGGUAUCUGAUAGGAUUGUGAGGAAAGGGUCUAUAAAUAAGCAUGGCAAACAUUGGAAGGGCGUUGAUAUAAUGGUGUUUAACACUUACCUGUGGUGGAUGACUGGCUUGAAGAUGAAAAUAUUGCGUGGAUCUUUCGAUGACGAAGCUAAGGAUAUCGUGGAGUUAUCAACCGAAGAUGCUUAUCGAAUGGCAAUGAAGAGUAUGUUGAGAUGGGUGAGGAUCAAUAUGGACCGGAAAAAGACAAGGGUAUUCUUUACUAGCAUGUCACCUACUCAUGCAAAGAGCGGAGAUUGGGGUGGCGUCCCAGGACGUAACUGCUACAACGAAACAAGAAUGAUAGAAGAUCCAAAUUACUGGGGUUCCGAUAGCAGAAAAAGCGUAAUGGAUGUGAUUGGAGACGUGUUCAGUAAAUCAAAGUUCCCCGUUACAUUUCUCAACAUCACACAACUCUCAUUAUACCGCAAAGACGCCCACACAUCAAUCUACAAGAAGCAGUGGAGUCCAUUGACUCCUGAGCAAUUAGCCAAUCCCGUCAGCUACGCCGAUUGUGUCCAUUGGUGCUUACCGGGUCUUCAAGAUACUUGGAAUGAGCUUCUUUUUGCCAAACUCUUUUACCCUUGAUUUUUUAUUUAGUCCAAAAAACAGCGAGCCAUAAUGAUCAUUUGACUUCCUGGAAUGUACAUGUAGUCACGUAUUGGUGAGUGAGCUAUUGCGGGAGGGGGGGUCUUUUGAUUUUCUCGUUUCCAAAGUGUAACAGUAACAAUGAUUAAAGGGAAAUUUUGUUUUUUGGGGAGGAGUGGGAGAAAGAGGAGGUUCGGUGUAAAAGCUUCAUGCAUAUGAUAGGGCAUAAUACAAGAAAAUUUGUUUGAUUGAUUCAUCAAAA